AUGAAGAAGAUAUUGUCCAAGAAGAGGAAAGUGGAAGAGACAUCGGUUGUCAAGAUGACGGAGCAUUGUAGUGCCAUCUUGCGAAAUAAGUUUCCUAAAAAAUGUGGAGAUCCAGGGAGUUUUACUAUACCUUGCUCUUUAGGAAGUACUAAAUUUCAAAAAUCUCGGUGUGAUUCAGGUGCUUCUAUUAAUCUUAUGCAUUUGUCUAUUUACAAAAAGUUGGAGGGCGAGAUUGGAGAAAUCAGGCCGAUACGUGUGUCCUUGCAGCUGGCGGAUCAGACCAUAAUCAUACCUGAAGGUAUAGUGGAAGAUGUGCUGGUUCGGGUAGACAAAUUUGUGUUCCCGAUGGACUUCAUUGUGGUCAAUAUGGAGGAGAAUAUGGAGAUCCCUAUGGUUUUAGGAAGACCAUUCCUGGCUACGGGCAAAGCAAUUCUAGAUAUUCAAGAAAUGCAGCUCAUGCUCAGAGUAGGGGAUGAAAGGAUGAUCUUCAAAAUGGAAGGCGAUAGGGGUCCCCUGAAAGAGCAACUGGAAAAGAGUGAAGCUAUAAAAGUUUGGGAUGAAAGGAUGUGUGCACUGGGACGGGCGUGCAAGGGAGAUCCCGACUUCGAUUCACACCCCGACUAG